UUUUGGCGUGGUGAACGGGUGUCGAAGAUUUUCGUGUCGUGGCACGAGCCCCGUGUUAUUUUUGGUAGACGGCUUUGUAUCCUAGCGCCGCCUAAAAACUUGCUUUUUCCCCUUGUAAUGCAGCGUUCCGUGGGUUAAAUAUGAAGGGGAGUGUCUUUGUCGAAUAAUUAAUGACAAGGGGGAUUGUUCGCUUAGUGGUGAGCACACGGUGUGUUUGUGUGUAUGCGCGCGCGAGCGGUGUUGGAGGGAGCCAUCAAGGCAAGAAGUGCUUAUGUGCGGCGUUCUGGGAAGUUGGUGGAUAUUUGGAAAGCGGCUCUGACUUUUUAUGCAUAUGUUUUAAUUCUGUUUGCCCGACACGCGUUUGCAGUCUGGGCGGGCUCGUGGACCUCUGGCGGGCAGGCACGAGGCUACACUGACAAGAGGGACUAGGCGAGAUAACAGCUUCACUUCUCCAAGGUGCAAGGAAGCAACACUCUCUCAGGAGAAACAGCAGCAAAAGCCCAGUAAAUCCAACGGCUUUAACAACAUAACCUACGACAGUCCCAUAAAAUCGUUGAGAGGGAGAAGAAAAAUUGCCCGGACAAAGGCAGUCACUCAAAACCGGGGCGCGACCAAAGUGAUAAGGACAAAAAGGAGAGACGAAAGAAAAAGUGCAUGGCUCGCCUCGCACGCUCUCUUGCAGAUUAGGAUCACCGGCGCAUCAUUACUUCAUCGGAUUUCGACUACAGCUGCAGUAGAAGAACCUCCUUUUAAAAUGGAUGGAUACCCAUGAUAAGAAGUAAUGGAUCGGAAAUUGCUUAUAGUAUGCAUCUUGAUGGCUGACUUCCUCCAUCAUUAAGGGAAUUAUUUUUUCAUUUUCCUGGAAGCUUUGUGUUACAGUUUUGGAUUGCAUUUCUUGCAACUAUUGUGGAAGUAAGGAACAUGGCAAAUAAUUCUGUAUCGUACACUGGGGUGAAGAACUCCAUAGCAGAGACUAACCAUGAGGGAGAUUUUGGGUGUUCAGUUAAAGAACUGCGCAGUCUUAUGGAGUUGCGAGGAGCAGAAGGAUUACAUAAAAUUCAAGAUUGUUAUGGAGAUGUUCAAGGACUUUGUACAAGGUUGAAAACCUCACCAAUAGAAGGCUUGAGUGGAAACCCAGCAGAUAUUGAAAGAAGACGAGCAGUGUUUGGACAGAACUUUAUACCUCCAAAAAAGCCAAAAACAUUUCUACAAUUAGUAUGGGAAGCAUUGCAAGAUGUAACAUUGAUUAUUUUAGAAAUAGCAGCCAUAAUUUCACUAGGCCUUUCUUUUUAUCGGCCUCCAGGAGGGGGCACAGAAAUAUGUGCUACUGCUACUGGUGGUGUGGAGGAUGAAGGAGAAGCUGAAGCAGGAUGGAUCGAAGGGGUGGCUAUUCUUCUCUCUGUUAUUUGUGUGGUCUUAGUAACUGCUUUUAAUGAUUGGAGUAAAGAAAAACAAUUUCGUGGACUCCAAAGCCGAAUCGAACAAGAACAAAAGUUCACUGUUGUCAGAGGUGGUCAGGUGAUCCAGAUACCAGUUGCAGACAUUGUUGUUGGAGACGUUGCACAAGUUAAAUAUGGUGAUCUCCUUCCUGCUGAUGGUGUAUUAAUUCAGGGUAAUGACCUAAAAAUUGAUGAAAGUUCCCUAACUGGAGAGUCUGAUCAUGUUAAGAAGACCAUGGACAAAGAUCCUUUGCUGCUUUCAGGUACUCAUGUAAUGGAAGGGUCGGGAAAAAUGGUGGUUACUGCAGUUGGAGUGAAUUCACAGACUGGGAUUAUAUUUACAUUACUUGGAAGUGGGGAUGAUGAAGAAAAAGAAAAAGAAAAGGAAGAGAAGGAGAAGAAAAAAGAUAAGAAAGGCAAAAAGCAAGAUGGAGCGGUUGAAAAUCGUAACAAAGCUAAAGCUCAAGAUGGGGCCGCCAUGGAAAUGCAACCUCUAAAAAGUGAAGAAGGUAUAGAUGGGGAUGAUGCCAAGGAGAAAAAGAAAGCAAAUUUGCCAAAGAAAGAAAAAUCUGUUCUUCAAGGAAAGCUUACAAAGUUGGCUGUUCAAAUAGGCAAAGCAGGUUUGGUGAUGUCUGCAAUUACCGUCAUUAUCCUUGUACUAUACUUUGUCAUCGAUACCUUCUGGGUUCAGCAGCUGCCCUGGCUUAAAGAAUGCACUCCAAUAUACAUACAGUAUUUUGUGAAGUUUUUCAUUAUUGGUGUUACUGUGUUGGUAGUAGCUGUACCUGAAGGUCUGCCUCUUGCUGUCACAAUUUCACUGGCAUACUCUGUAAAAAAAAUGAUGAAAGAUAACAACUUGGUUAGACAUCUGGAUGCAUGUGAAACAAUGGGUAAUGCAACUGCCAUCUGCUCAGAUAAAACUGGAACUCUUACAAUGAAUAGGAUGACAGUAGUCCAGGUAUAUGUUGCAGAUAAACAUUAUAGAAAAAUCCCUGAACCUGAUUUAAUUCCUGAUAAGACACUGGACCUUCUAGUUAAUGGGAUUGCAGUCAACUGUGCUUACACAACUAAAAUUUUGCCCCCAGAGAAAGAAGGUGGUCUGCCACGACACGUUGGCAACAAAACGGAAUGUGCCUUGCUGUCAUUUACAUUAGAUUUGAAAAAAGAUUAUCAAGCAGUGAGGAAUGAAAUUCCAGAAGAAAAUCUCUACAAAGUAUACACAUUCAACUCAGUCCGGAAGUCCAUGAGUACUGUCCUAAAGAAUUCUGAUGGUAGUUAUCGAAUGUUUAGCAAAGGUGCCUCUGAGAUCAUUCUAAAAAAGUGUGUGAAGAUUCUCAAUUCAGAAGGUGAAUCUAAGGUGUUCAGGCCCAGGGAUCGAGAUGAUAUGGUGAAAAAAGUAAUUGAACCUAUGGCUUCAGAAGGGCUGAGGACCAUAUGUGUAGCCUACAGGGAUUUUCCUGCUGGAGAAUUUGAACCUGAGUGGGAAAAUGAGAAUGCCAUUUUAAACAGUCUGACCUGUAUUUGUGUAGUGGGAAUUGAAGAUCCUGUCCGGCCAGAGGUUCCAGAUGCCAUAAAGAAGUGCCAACGUGCGGGUAUCACCGUUCGUAUGGUUACAGGAGACAAUAUUAAUACUGCUCGUGCUAUUGCUACAAAGUGUGGAAUCCUUCAUCCGGGAGAUGAUUUCUUGUGCUUAGAGGGAAAAGAGUUCAACAGAAGAAUUCGUAAUGAGAAGGGGGAGAUAGAGCAAGAGAGAAUAGAUAAAAUUUGGCCUAAACUAAGAGUACUGGCAAGAUCCUCACCCACAGAUAAGCAUACACUAGUGAAAGGCAUUAUUGAUAGCACAGUUGUAGAGCAAAGACAAGUGGUUGCAGUAACUGGAGAUGGUACCAAUGAUGGUCCUGCACUCAAGAAAGCAGAUGUUGGUUUCGCCAUGGGCAUUGCUGGCACAGAUGUAGCAAAAGAAGCUUCUGAUAUCAUCCUAACUGAUGACAACUUUAGCAGCAUUGUCAAAGCAGUAAUGUGGGGCAGAAAUGUUUAUGACAGCAUUUCAAAGUUUCUUCAGUUUCAACUUACUGUCAACGUUGUGGCUGUAAUUGUUGCUUUCACUGGAGCCUGCAUUACACAGGAUUCUCCAUUGAAGGCAGUUCAGAUGUUGUGGGUAAAUCUUAUCAUGGACACAUUUGCAUCUCUUGCACUUGCUACUGAACCCCCUACUGAGUCACUGCUGCUAAGACGACCCUAUGGCAGAAAUAAGCCUCUUAUUUCUCGAACUAUGAUGAAAAAUAUCCUUGGUCAUGGUGUAUAUCAGCUAACUGUUAUUUUUACUCUUUUGUUUGUUGGUGAGAAGAUUUUUGACAUUGACAAUGGAAGGCAUGCACCCCUUCAUGCACCACCUUCAGAACACUAUACCAUUGUCUUCAACACAUUUGUUAUGAUGCAAUUAUUCAAUGAAAUUAAUGCUCGAAAGAUCCAUGGAGAAAGAAAUGUCUUUGAAGGCAUAUAUAACAAUCCCAUCUUCUGCAGUAUUGUGAUUGGGACAUUUAUUAUUCAAAUUAUUAUUGUUCAGUUUGGUGGCAAGCCAUUCAGCUGUAUAGGGCUUUCAAUUGAUCAGUGGUUGUGGUGCAUCUUCCUAGGAAUUGGAGCUCUUCUCUGGGGACAGUUGAUUGCGUCUAUUCCAACAAGUCGGUUGAAGUUCCUAAAGGAAGCCGGUCAUGGCACACAAAAAGAUGAGAUCCCAGAUGAAGAGCUUGAAGAGGAUAUGGAAGAAAUUGACCAUGCUGAGCGAGAGUUACGUCGUGGACAAAUUCUUUGGUUUAGAGGUCUUAAUCGAAUCCAGACCCAGAUGGAUGUAGUGAAUGCUUUCCAGAGUGGAAGUUCCUUUCAGGGAGCUCUAAGGCGGCAACCUUCCAUCGCCAGCCAACAUCAUGAUAUCCGAGUAGUGAACGCAUUCCGGAGUUCCCUGUAUGAAGGAUUAGAAAAACCAGAAUCCAGAAGCUCCAUUCAUAAUUUUAUGACCCAUCCUGAAUUUCGAAUAGAAGAUUCUGAGCCACACAUCCCUUUAAUUGAUGAUACAGAUGCUGAAGAUGAUGCCCCCACGAAGCGCAAUUCCUCCUCCCCACGAAGCUGUUCUCCCCCACCUUCACCCAACAAAAACAACAAUGCUGUUGACAGUGGAAUUCAUCUAGCAAUUGACAUAAGCAAGUCGGCUACCUCUUCAUCCCCAGGAAGCCCCCUUCACAGUCUUGAAACCUCCCUUUGAUUUGGAAAUCCUGGCCAGAAAUUUUUGCACACGCAAUAAUGAAGCAGAGUUGUGUGCUCUUUUUUCUUUUCUUUUUGUAAAGGAGGGAUUAGGGCUUGGCAGGAAAUGGCAAUUUACACUGUGUUACUGUACAGCUGUUUUGGACUGAAACAGAAGUAAGCAAUUGUCUAAGGAAGAAAACAAACUUUAUAAAAAUUGAAGGUGUUUUGCUUAAGUUUUCCAUGAAGAACUUCUUUGAAUGUUAAUUGGGGAGGUAAGGAGGGUUGGGGUUAAGAAUGUUAACUCAGUUUAAUUGACUUGUGGAUGGGGAGCAGAAAAGGAGUAUUUCAUUGUUAAUACUGAAUAUGUUGUAAUAAAAGAAAUACUCAAAAUGAAGUGUGAUUAAGCAGAACUUCUGGUUAUUUUUGAUUUGUAUGGAUGCUAUUUAAAGUUCUUUUGCCCGCACUCAUUUGAAGUCUCUUAAUUUUUUUUCUAUUGGCUGUUAAUAUUAUGAAUUAUUUAUGUUCUAUAAAAAUGCAGAUCUGUUUACAAGGUUUGUAGAUAUUCUGUUUUAGAUGGAAAGCUUCCUGGCAGAAAAUGAAAAAUAUACACACAUGCACACAAAUUUCUUUCCAAUAAUGUUGAAUUUUUCAGGGAAAAAACUGUUUCUAUUGAAAACUGCACAAUUUUGCCUGCAAGGUUUAUUUGUGUGUAUUUAUAUAUCAUAGCAACUACUGAUAGCCAAACGGAGAACACUAAGACUUUUAUUGCAGUGAACAGAGAUGGUGUAAUUCAUUGGGAAUAGGGUAAACACCUUUUUCCCCAUUUUAUAUUUCUAUAAAUUGACACCUUUCUUGCGCUACAGUUCAAAUGUUUUCUGAUUUUCUGGAAAACAAAUUACUGUGUUUUGGUUGUAUUUUUCUAAAAUUGCAAAGGUGUGUUAUAUUUUUUAGCAUGGAAAAAUAUUCAAAUAUUCAUUAAAAAAAUAUGGGGGUCCUAACAAACCCAGUUCAUAUUCUUUAGUUCUGAGUGUUUCAGGCCAUUUUUUGUUUGGUUGUAUAUUCCAUUGGAUAGUCAAAUUUAGAGUCAAACUUCUAGAUGCAGUACACUUCAGACAUAAAAGGUAAGAACUGUUGAGUGUAUAAUCUCUGAUAUAGGCGAAAAUACUUGCAUUUAGAGGUUUCUCCUUAUUCAUCUUCUCAGGCUUAGAAAGUAAAAUCAUGACAGUUAUCUGUUGUCUGACAAAACAGUUUUGGUUAUAAUGGUCUGCAAAAGAAUCCAGGCUUUUCAUCUUCCCUAUUGUGAACACUUGUCUUCAUUGAUAAAAAAAAAAAAAACAUAAACAAGGGCUCUCUUGCUUCAGAAAGAAACCAAACUUUGAGGGGGGUAACAUGCCCCUUUUGUCUAGAUGAAAUACUCUCAAACUCUUGAAGCAGUUAUUUCUUAAGAUUUGUUUUCCUUUGAAAAACUUGAAAUAAAAUUUUGGAAACUGUAGACAAAAUUUGACACAUUGCAGUUAUACACUGGUAUUGCUGCAAGUCGGUACUUAUUCUUGGUAAUAGUACCUUUUGCUAAUGCUAGACAUACUACUACGUAUUGAAUGUAUCUUUUUUUUCUUUUUUUUUUUUUCCUCCCUGAAACAAAAACGGAUCUGCAUCAUGGAUAACCAUCAUGUAUUGGGAAGAAGCUUAGUGCUAGGAUCUUUUAAAUAUUGAGGGAAUGAUCGACUUGAUUGUGGUUCUACUGGAAAACAUUUCUCAGGGUGGUCAGCAUAUUUUGUCAGUGUGUACACUGGCGUAUGGUUGGAAAUGUUUUAAAUUUCUUAAUUGUGCAAUAAACAGUUGUAUUUUCUUUUAUCCACCAACCUCCUCUUCCAAAUACAAAUUUGCAAAAUGUCAAACUGUUUUUAAUUUUAUCCAUUAGGUCAGAAUUUGUGUUUUUAUUUUUUUUAUUCUAAUUUAGCAACAUAAAGUCCAUAAUUUCCCCCAGCAGCAUCUUCCUAUUUAUGGGAAUGAAUGUGUAUCCAUCUUUAUAAGGAUUAAUUUUUUAUCAGAAUAUUUGGAAAAAAAACUACAUAAUGUCUGUUUAUUUUAAGCUAUGUCAAUGGUUACUGUGGUUCGAUUUACAUUUGAAACUUGUCGAGUAAUGUGUAUGGUUUUUAAAAAUAAAAGAAAUUAAUAUUUAGCCUA